CGGUGAAUCUGUGAGUGACUUGUUGCCUAAGUCUUGACAUUGAAAAGAAAGAGGAGGGAAUUGCAGAGAUUCCAGAAAAAAUCGAGUAAGGAAGAAAGAAACAAGAAGCUGAAGAAGAAAGAUGGCCAGAUACGAUAGGGCGAUUACAGUCUUCUCACCAGAUGGUCAUCUAUUUCAGGUCGAGUACGCUCUCGAAGCCGUCCGUAAAGGCAACGCCGCCGUCGGCGUCCGCGGCACAGACACCAUCGUUCUCGGCGUUGAGAAAAAGUCCACCGCCAAACUCCAAGACUCCAGAACAGUUAGGAAGAUUGUUAACCUGGAUGAUCACAUUGCACUGGCCUGUGCUGGGCUCAAGGCAGAUGCUCGAGUCCUAAUUAACAGAGCACGGAUUGAAUGCCAAAGCCACAGACUUACUGUUGAGGACCCUGUAACUGUUGAGUAUAUUACACGCUAUAUUGCGGGUCUUCAGCAAAAGUACACACAGAGUGGUGGUGUGAGACCAUUUGGCCUUUCAACUUUGAUUGUGGGCUUUGAUCCAUACACUGGUGUGCCAUCUCUAUAUCAGACAGAUCCAUCAGGGACAUUUUCUGCUUGGAAAGCUAAUGCAACUGGGAGAAACUCUAAUUCGAUGAGGGAGUUCCUGGAGAAAAACUAUAAAGAAACUUCCGGGCAAGAAACUGUGAAGCUUGCAAUUCGUGCAUUGCUUGAAGUGGUUGAGAGUGGAGGAAAGAACAUAGAAAUUGCUGUGAUGACAAGGGAGCAUGGUCUGCGGCAACUUGAUGAGGCUGAAAUUGAUGCCAUUGUUGCUGAGAUUGAAGCAGAGAAGGCUGCUGCCGAGGCUGCAAAGAAGGGCCCUCCAAAGGAUACAUGAGCUUUGCCUUUCCCCCUUCUUCUCCAUUGAUGCUUAUCCUACCUUGCAACUUCCUUAAAAGAGUUAAAAACAAGGUAGAACUUUUCAAAAUUUAAAACUAUGUCCUGGAUUUUGGUGUGGGCAAGAGCGACUGUCAUUGUCAGCAUUUUCAAUGUUGUUAAGAAGUAUUGCAACCAUGAACUUUAAAAAUCAAUUUAACAGCUUCUCUCCAAAUGGGUUGUGAAACUGAUUUGGGACAAAGAAUUUAGUGAAUUGCGGUGCCUGCUUCUAGUU